AAAGAGGAAGUCACGGUAUUCCCGGAUUUUUCUAUUUCUCUUUCUAGAAAUUUCACGCUUCUCCUGUAACCAUUCUCUCUCUCUCUCUCUCUCUGCUCUGUUUUUUUCUCUAUUUUUCUUUCGCAACAAAAAUUCAAAGCAGAGACAUUUAGUCUUUAUUUCGCGGUUUUAUGUUGGAGAAUUUUCUGGCUUCAGAAAGUUUUCAGGAUUCUAAGCUUUUGUCUGCUCUGUUUCUGGCCUUUCUGCAUGCAAUUGCAUUCGUGGAAGGCACUGGAAGCUUUUCUCUUUGCAUCGGACAGAGUAAGUACAUGAAGGGAGCAAAUUUUGAUGAAACCUGGCUAUGUUGAAGCAUCUUGGUGAACUGGAGUGGUUGUAAUAACUAGUAGAAAGUGGCACAAAGAUGGCGUCUGAGCUGGCUUCUAUGUUUCCAAAACUGGGCUCUCUUGGUACUUCAGAUCAUGGUUCUGUUGUAUCCAUCAACCUCUUUGUGGCACUCCUUUGCGCUUGCAUUGUCAUUGGUCAUCUGCUGGAGGAGAACCGCUGGAUAAAUGAAUCCAUUACCGCCCUCAUAAUUGGCUUGGGUGUAGGAGUUGUUAUCUUGCUCAUAAGUGGGGGAAAGAGCUCACAUCUUCUGGUCUUCAGUGAAGAUCUCUUUUUCAUAUAUCUACUUCCUCCAAUCAUAUUUAAUGCAGGAUUUCAGGUAAAAAAGAAGCAAUUUUUCGUAAACUUCAUUACUAUAAUGCUGUUCGGAGCCAUUGGUACACUGAUCUCAUGUGCCAUUAUAUCAUUAGGUGCCAUUAAAUUCUUCAAGAAGUUGGACAUUGGAUUUCUAGAUAUUGGGGAUUAUGUCGCAAUUGGAGCAAUAUUUGCUGCCACAGACUCCGUCUGCACGUUGCAGGUCCUACAUCAGGAUGAGACACCCCUCCUUUACAGUCUUGUAUUUGGAGAAGGAGUUGUAAAUGAUGCUACAUCGGUGGUGCUUUUCAAUGCUAUUCAAAACUUUGACCUUUCGAGUGUGAAUCCCAGUAUUGCCCUUCAUUUCAUUGGCAACUUCUUAUAUCUGUUCCUUGCUAGCACUUUACUGGGAGCAGCAACUGGUCUUCUUAGUGCUUACAUUAUCAAGAAGCUGUAUUUUGGCAGGCACUCCACAGAUCGCGAGGUUGCACUUAUGAUGCUCAUGGCUUACUUAUCAUACAUGUUGGCUGAACUAUUCUAUUUGAGUGGGAUUCUCACUGUAUUUUUCUGUGGUAUUGUAAUGUCCCAUUACACUUGGCACAAUGUGACUGAGAGUUCAAGAGUCACUACAAGGUACGCUUUUGCAACUUUGUCAUUUCUUGCUGAGACUUUCCUCUUCCUCUAUGUCGGUAUGGAUGCCUUGGAUAUCGAGAAGUGGAAAUUUGUUAGUGAUAGGUAUGCUGAACGAGGUCCUGGAUUAUCUGUUGCAGUAAGUUCGAUACUGAUGGGACUAAUCUUGCUGGGGAGAGCUGCCUUUGUUUUUCCAUUAUCAUUCUUAUCCAACUUGAUGAAGAAAUCCUCUGAGGAAAAAAUAACCUUUAGGCAGCAAGUGAUAAUAUGGUGGGCUGGUUUGAUGAGAGGUGCAGUGUCCAUGGCUCUGGCAUAUAAUAAGUUCACUCGUUUGGGACACACUCAAUUGCAAGACAACGCAAUAAUGAUUACCAGCACCAUUACCAUUGUUCUUUUCAGCACAGUGGUAUUUGGUUUAAUGACAAAACCUCUUAUAAGUCUCCUGUUGCCCCCACAGAGGCAGUUAAGUACAGUGUCAUCAGAUGCAAAUAGUCCAAAAUCUCUUACAGCUCCACUCCUAGGCAGUCAAGAGGGUUCUGAAGUCGAUUUAAAUGGUCAAGAACUUCCGCACCCACCUAGUUUGAGGAUGCUACUUUCCGCGCCAACCCAUAAGGUGCAUAGAUACUGGCGCAAGUUUGAUGAUUCAUUCAUGCGCCCAGUGUUUGGUGGUCGGGGUUUUACACCUGUUGCCCCUGGUUCUCCAACGGAACAGGAACCAUGAUGAUGUGCACGAAAAAAAUUAUAUUGUAAGUUAAAAGUGUGGGCCAAGGGACCUCUGCUGGAUCUUAAAACUUAGUGUUGUCCAGAUUGCUGACAGCAUUAUGAGCUUCAACCAGGUCCUCUGCGUUUGAUACUGCUGUUGCUUACACUGCUUUAGCAAACUAUAUAUGCAUCAAAGUCCGCUCUUUUGGGGUGGAAGGUUAGCAAAGGUGAAAUUCUAGCUGACCACGGUGAGCGCGUUUGUAAGUUAAUCCUGAAAAUGCUUUGGUAGAUGGUGAUACGUUUGUUCAAGCAUGUUGUAAAUUUUGACUGCUGAAUUAUUUCCUGUCUGUUCUUCCUUAUGUAUAGAUUUCUGGUGUUUCAUGGUGGUAUUACAUUCCAAAUUUGUAAACAUUUUAUGAACUUCAGAAAGAAAUAAUUGUCGGAAAGCAGUAAUUUGUGAGUAGUAUGGCAGGGAGAGCUUGGUUAGCUUUG